AUGGAAAGACACAAGAUCAGUCCUGUGACUUUCAGAGUCCGAAAACAGCCAUACGAAGACCUAUUGCCCUUCAUACACGCCCUGACCAUCGCCGUUCUAUGUCUACCCUUCAUCUUCUGGCGAGGUAGAUCAUGGCAACAGCGCAUUGGAGACAUCAAUGCCUGGGCAGGAUGCCUCAACUUGUACUACCUUCGACUACCACUACUGGCUCUCAGCCUCGCUGUCGGGUACACCGUAUUCACCUGCAUUCCGGGCUCCUUCAGCUCCCUGAAGCUGCCAAGCCACACGACUUUCAUGCGCGGGCUUCAAACCGUCGAGCCUAAAGACGACGAAGAUGAAUGCAAAAUCUGCCUGGACAGCGAUCAACGCCUUACCGAGCUAUCUUGCGGCCAUCGCUUUUGUCUACUAUGCCUGGACCUCAUGGGCAAGGCGUAUCAAACAGCAUGCCCGAUGUGUCGCAUGCCACUCUUCAGCUGUAAUGAUCGUCUUGUCCUGGUGUUCAUGAAAGGGAGUGUCGCCAUUACUACGGCGAACACCUUUGUGUACUUCCUGAAGGGCAUCGACGAGGUGCAACGGUACGGCUGGUAUGUCGGAUGGCUUGCACUUUUCAGUGCGGGUUUCAUGAUGGUCUUCCUUCGCCUCUGGUGGUGUCUCUUCAUGGAGCAUGGGGAUGACUGGUGGAGAGGCUCACCUAACAAUGGGAUAUCAACGAAGCAAUUGAUGAUACACUGCGGCGCUUGUGCGUCCGGUGCUGUGUCUCUGUCGCUAGCGUUAUGGUCGUGA